ACAGAAGUCAGUGUUUUGUGCAAAAUGUUGAAAAAUACAACAAGUCUAUUGUUUCUAUUCGGUGGAGUUGCCUUAAGUCUGGGUAUUUCCAUUACGCCCAUCAUAAGGGAAGGUUCCACGGAUAUUUUAACACUGCCAUUCGUUAGGAUAGGCAAUGGAUAUUAUUACUUUGAGACGAGAAAAACUGCGAAUUGGUUUCAGGCAUUCGAAAGUUGUCGUCGAAUGAAUGCCACAUUGAUAAGCUUUGAGACGAUGCAAAAAUGGAAUGACAUUACCAACUAUUUAGAGCUCUUUAAUGAUGAGUUUACUUACUGGACUUCAGGCACUGACUUGGGCGAACAAUCUCGUCACGUCUGGUUUGGCAGUGGAAAUCCAAUUGCCAUUAAUAUUUGGGCUCCAAAUGAACCUGAUAAUCUAGGAAAGAACCAGCACUGCGAUCAACUGGGCUAUAGAAAACCCAAUACCCAAGAUAAGAAGGGUCUGGACGAUUCAGAAUGUCUACGCAAAAAUCGCUUUAUCUGUGAGGCACCACAACCCUAUACAGCUUCAUUUGUUAUAUGGAAAUAGAAGCUAAAAGAAAGGAUCUAUUAUCAUAAUAAAGAACAUUUUUGCCUAAUCAAUCGAU